CCACGUUUGACCAGAUAUUUUCUUCUGGAGCGGAUAAAGUCUUGAGGCGUCACCUGUUUUUCUCUUUUCUUCUGCAGCUCUUGCCAAGUUGCUCCUUUGCUCUUUUUGCGCGCUGUUCUUUAAACGACCACCUCCAACACGCACACCUGGCAUCUACUUCCCCGCCAUCUGAAGCUAUACCCAGCGUCGCAAUCGCAUUCAGAGUCGCACUACCACCGACAAGCUUCCAAGAUGCAGGUUCCUCUACUAAGACUGCAAUGCGGCGUCAACUCGUACGCCUGGGGCAAGAAGGGCAACGAGUCUGCCGCUGCUCGCUUUGCUGCUGCUACGCCAUCUGACGACCUCAAGAUCGAGUCUGACACUCCUUACGCUGAGCUCUGGAUGGGUACACACCCCUCAAACCCCUCGCGAGACGUCAACACCGGCCGAUCCCUCCUCGAGCUCGUCCAGGACAACAAAGCCCUCCUCUCGUCCACCAUCAUCUCUCGCUACGGAGAGAAGCUCCCCUUCCUCUUCAAGGUGCUCUCGAUAAACAAGGCCCUCUCGAUCCAGGCCCACCCCAACAAGAAGCUCGCCGAGCAGCUCCACGCCCGCGACCCCAAGAACUACCCCGAUGACAACCACAAGCCCGAGAUGGCCAUCGCCAUCACCCCCUUCGAGGGUCUCUGCGGAUUCCGCCCUCUGGCUGAGAUUGCGCACUUUCUCGAGUCUGUGCCUGCGCUGAGAGCUCUGGUGGGAGACGAGGCGGCUGCAGAGUUUGCAAAGGUUGCCAAGGAUGAGGAGGAGGGUGUUAGUGAGGACAAGAAGUUGCUGCUGAAGAAGGUUUUUGGCGCACUCAUGAACUCGCCUGCUGAGGCGAUUGCUGAGCAGACUGCUAAGCUGGUUGAGCAAGCGAGCAGCGAGGGUGCUAGUUUCGCUGCUGGCGGCGUGGCUGCUACAUCUGGCGAGAAGCUUUCUGAGCUCGUCCAGCGAUGUCACGGCGAGUUUGGUGAUGACAUUGGCCUGUUUGUGCUCUUCUUCCUCAACUUUGUCACUCUUGAGCCUGGUGAGGCCUUGUUCCUCGUUGCUGAUGAUAUUCACGCCUACAUCUCUGGAGAUAUCAUGGAGUGCAUGGCUGCCUCGGACAAUGUUGUCCGCGCUGGCUUCACUCCCAAGUUCAAGGAUGUUUCUACCCUUGUCGACAUGUUAACCUACAACUACGCACCCAUCGAGGAGCAAAAGAUGUCACCUACAGAGUACCCCUACGCCACACUCAACCGCAGCGGCUACAGUUCAGGCUCAGCCGUUGUCCUCUACGACCCUCCUAUCGACGAGUUCAGCGUUGUGCGCACCCUGCUCCGCGGUGACGGCGCAAAGGCCACCUUUGAGCCCCUCGACGGGCCCAGCAUCGUCAUCUGCACCAGCGGCAAAGGCAAGAUCUCUGUCGGCCCCACGAGCGCCGAGAUUCGCGAGGGAUGGGUUUACUUUGUCGGCGCUACGGCCGAGUGCGUGCUCGAGUCCGAGGGGGGAGAGGAUGAUGAGUUUACGACUUAUAAGGCGUUUUGCGAGAUUGAUGACUCCAAGGAGAAGCUAUGAGUUUGAGUCAGGGGGUUUGGCGUGUGAAUAAGAGCGUGAAAAACAAUGCUUUUAGCUUUAAGCCAUUAAAUGAUGUGGCUGCAUAUACUAUUUAAUAUCACGUUCAUCUAC